ACUGAUAGGUGGCACUGAUUGGUGGCACUAAUUGGCAUUGAUAGGUGGCACUGACUGGCACUGAUGGAUGACACUGAAAGGCAGCUCAGAUGGGCACUGAUAUGUGGCAUUGAUGUGCACUGGUAUGCACUGAUAUCUGGCAUUGAUGUGGCACUGAUGGGCACUGGCACGUGGCACUUAUGGGCACUGGCACGUGGCACUGAUGAGCACUGACAGGUGACACUUCUGGGGCCACACUGAUCAUCAGGGCACACUGAUCAUCAGUUCCCUGAUGAUCACUGUCAGUGUGACAGCUCGAGAGGAGAGAUAUGCCGAUAACUGGCAUUUCCCUGUUUACAUGGGAUCAGCUGUUAUUGGACA